AUGCGGGCUAAAAUAACUGUGCCGCCGGUGGAGGUUCCGCAAAUUGUGAAGAAGCCGCACCCGGCGGAACCGGAGGGGGCGGAGCCGGAGGGGGCGGAGCCGGAGGCGGUGUCGGGUGUAGCUCCGACAUCGGGAUCUGGACCGACAUCUGGAGUUGUUCAAUCAGGUGGCGUGACGAAUAAGGUGAAUGAGGCGUCUAAGAAGUUUUUCGCAAAGCUAUGCCAUCCGGUUACGGCCGAGUUCUCUCAAGCUAUCGUAGUGCCAGCUCUUCAAUUUGCCGAUCGGCAGACGGAACAACUUUAUCAACGUGAGAAUUUCAUGAGCACUCAUCGCGUUGCCUACACUGUGCUCUUCGGAUGUUUCCUUAUCGCACUACAAAUCUGGUUCGGACUCUACAAGGGCUGGCUUGGUAUCAACGAAUCCAGACAUGAAAUUAACGACCAGGAACAAGCCGUCGAUUCCCUAAACAGUCUACUGCGGUCCUCCUUUGCACCACACGACUCGGCCCUCUGGAAACCGAGAUAUCUUGGCGAGAUCCUCCACGAUUCGAGCGGAUUCACGGACACAUCCAACGGAUUCGCGGACACAUCCAACGGAUUCGCGGACACAUCCAACGGAUUCGCGGACAUGACUGAACUCGCGGACAUGACUGAACUCGCGGACAUGACUGCCAUUGGCGACUUGGUUCAAGUCCCUUCGGAGCAUUCCUCUUUAUCAAGAUCUGACCUCGAUCAAUUUCAUACAAACGGGUGUCCUGACAUCGUUACAAAGUCAUCAAAAAAUGGACCAUCGGUGCGAAGGUGUCUAUGGGGUCGAGAAGAGCAGACGGUACCAUUACGAGCGGAUGCUGCAUUAUUCGAAGCGGCGUGCAUAAACCAAUCCGUAGCGGAUGCUGUGAUCCUGUUUGUUUGGUACAUUAUCUCAUCUUUGAAAAAGUAUCAGAAGCGACUAGAAGCUUUCUCGAUUGUGGUGCAGAUUACCAGAGUGAUUUUGAUUGUGCUUUUUGCACAAGGAAUGUGGUCGGAUUGCGCCCGUAAUCAGGGCCCUACCGAUGUCAUGAUGAAUAAUCUUGCCAUUGCCUCCGCCAAUGUUGCUUUCUUUAACUGUGUCCCACUCGCCCGUGUCCGACGAGGUUGCGUCAUGACUUUCAUCUACAUCGUUGGUGUCUUCGAAAUCAUUAUCGUCAUGACCCAGGGCUCCACCGGCGGCGUCGCCAUGAGUCCCCAUGAUGCUCCCCAACUAACGAUGUACAUCAUGAUCUUUGUGUUGAUUCCAUUUGUCGCGUUGAUCGCGCGGUACCGGACGGAAAUGAGUGAGCGGGAAGCGUUCUGGUUCAGGCGGCAGGCGGAACAGUUAGCGGCGGCGAAUGCGUCCUUGCAGAGUGACUUGGAGGAGGUGAACAAGGUGCGGACAAUGGACAUCGAGAAGUCAUUGCCGGAGGGGCUGGUGCCUUCGCAGAUUGUGCAUGUAGCAGUGCGUGAGUUGCAGCAGGCUGAGCGUUGUGUGGAACAAUUACAACGUGCGUUGCCGUCGAUAUUCCUUCAGCAGACGAAACACGCCCGACGGUAUGAAGGGACGGACGCAAGGAUUAGUACGGCACGUCAGAUCGGAAUGAUGAUGGAGUUUGCAGGUGAUCUUCGUGCUUCCGUACAGAGUGCUUUGAAACUAUUAUGUCGUUCCCACGACCUCUAUUCUCCGGCAGUGCACGAUAAUUAUGCCGGGGCGCUCAUGUUCCAUGCGGUCGGGCACGACAACACGUUGACGGUGCCUAAGCACUCGCGACAGAGCACGAGCAAGUCGAUGAACGAGAAGACGGACGAGUCCAACGCGUCACUGGAUAAAGCGGCGGCUGGGGGUUCUGAAGUGACGGUGGUGCACGACUUUCCUUUUCUCUCAGGACUGGGCGAGAUGGCGCGAAACAUCGGCGCCAACUGGGGCUUCGAUAUGCUCAAGGUUACACGUGUCACCAAAGAUGAGGCAAUUGUCACGACCGGUAUGCUACUAGCUUCACCCAUUGUGGAAACUAUGCACUUCCCAUUCGAGUGGCCCAAGUGGUUCAACUUUCUUCGGACGAUCCAACAUGAAUAUGGACCCACCGAGAACGUUCCCUAUCACAAUCGGACGCACGCAAGCAUUCAUGCACACGCGACUGCCGUCCUGCUUACCUGGCUCGGACACGCAGAACGGUCAAGCAGCCUCGAAAGCCUCUCCAUACUAGUUGCCGCCAUCUGCCACGAUGUCGGACACCCCGGACGUACCAAUGCAUACCUGGUCAAUGCGAACAAACGCCUCGCUAUCGUCUACAAUGACAUCAGCGUACUCGAAAACUUCCAUGCUUGCCGUACAUUCGAAACACUUCAACAGAAAGCCAACAACUUCAUACAAGCAAUCAACAACGACGACUACCGAUACUUCCGCAAAAUCGUCGUCGACCUCAUCCUGGCUACCGACAUGAAGGCCCACUUCGAGCUCGUCAAUUCUUACAAGCUCCACCGGUCGUCACCCCAGUUCGAUCUGUGGGCCGAUGAGAAUAAGCUGGCUUCCCUUAAACUCGUCGUUAAGGCCGCCGACCUCUCUCACGGCGCUCUCGACUGGCACCUCCACCACUCCCUCUCCAUGGCUGUCAACGAAGAAUUCUGGGCGCAGGGCGACGCAGAGGCCGCCAUGGGCUUGCCCAAGUCGCCCCUCUGCGACCGCCAAGUGCGCGUCAGUGAACUUGCCAACUCCCAAGCCGGCUUCCUCGAGUUCCUCGUCCUCCCGCUCUACCGCGAACUCGCCGCUGUCGACCCUUCAGGCAACCUCAAGUCGAUAUGCGAGCCCCGCAUCCUGGCCAACGCAGAGAAAUGGCACGAGAUUGUGGAUGACAACAACAGCGCAGCCAAGAAGCCCGAUGAACCACCCGUUCUGGAGACGAGGGUCACACCCCAGUUGGACGGCGAGGAAGAUGACUGA